AUGCCUCAGCAAGAGCGUGUCCUGUCUUCUUGGUUGGAGGCUUCAUCCUCAGAGAAGCUACUACAGCUCGACUCGGCAGAUCCCCAACUCCCCUUUCGGUUCACAUUUGAUGCUCUACGCCCCAACGUGUUUCGGACGACCUUCACGUCCAAAUCUCAUCCUUUGCCUCCUCAUCCCAGCGUUCCUCCCCCGGAAAAGCAGACAGAGGCUGCCUGCAUACAUGUUUCUUCUACUGGUACGACAAAGGAGAUCAAAAUUGGCCCAGUCACCGCUACAGUCGACUGGACCGAGUCCUCCCCUAUUCUUUCAGUCUUUCUUGAUGGUGGCCGAAAUGGGCCUCUGCAUGAAGACCUGCCACAUCGCUCAUACGUCGUCGACGGCGAGGGCAUCGCUCAUUACUCGCGCUACAACAAGGAUACCCUAUAUGUCGGCCUGUGUGAAAAGGCAGCGCCGAUGAACCUCGCUGGGAGAAGAUUCGAGCUUUCGGCGACAGACAGCUUUGGAUAUGACGUUUAUCGUACCGAUCCUCUAUACAAACACAUUCCGCUCCUCAUCAAUGCGACGCCGAGUGGCUGCCUGGCGACCUUUACGACAUCUCACUCCAGAGGCUCGUAUUCUAUCGGCGCUGAGAUGGACGGUAUGUGGGGUCGUUACAAAGUGUAUCGGCAGGAUUACGGAGGACUAGAAGAGUACAUCAUCGUGGGGAAAACUCUCAGGGACAUCGUCAAGACGUAUGCGGAUCUUGCAGGCUACCCUCUUCUUGUCCCGAGAUGGGCGUUUGGGUACCUCUCAGGAGGCAUGAAGUACUCGAUGCUUGACGAUCCUCCAGCCUCAGAGGCAUUGCUCGAGCUUGCGCACAAAUUGAAGGAGCACGAUAUUCCCUGCUCGGCCUACCAGAUGUCGUCUGGCUACACUGUGGCCGAGAAGCCACCCAAGACACGCAACGUCUUCACGUGGAAUCGCCACCGGUUUUCGGAUCCAGAGGGCUUCGUCAAGGAGUAUCACAAGCUCGGUAUGAGGCUGAUCGCCAACGUGAAGCCGUAUCUCAUUGGCACUCAUCCAGAGUACGAGAAGCUGAAAGCCGCAAAUGCGCUAUUCACUGAUCCGCACACGAAGAAGACAGCGGUAGCACGGCUAUGGAGUGCCGGUGGAGGCGAGAGCGCUGAGGGUGGCCACAUCGACUUUACCUCUGCCGCUGGCUUCCAAUGGUGGUACGAUGGAGUCAAAAAGCUUAGAGAGCAGGGCAUUGACUGCAUCUGGAACGACAACAACGAAUACACAGUCACCGACGAUGGCUGGAUCUGCGCACUGGACCAGCCUUCUCUGCAUAUAAGAGACGACGUCAAGAACAGGCCCCAAAUUGGUCUCUGGGGUCGGAGCCUUCACACGGAGCUCCACGGUAAAGCCUCUCACGAUGCACUUGUUGACGUUGCUCCUGAUGAGCGUCCAUUUGUCCUCACGCGCAGUGCAACAGCCGGCACGAUGAGGUACGCCUGCAGCUCCUGGAGCGGCGACAACACCACCAGCUGGGCCAGCAUGAAGGGUGCCAAUGCUCUUGCGCUCAACGCGGGCAUGUCGCUGCUGCAGUGCUAUGGCCAUGACAUCGGAGGCUUCGAGGGUCCUCAGCCAUCACCUGAGCUGCUCCUUCGUUGGGUCCAGCUGGGUGCCUAUUCGCAGCGCUUCGCAAUCAACUGCUUCAAGACGAUCAACGAGAACAAUAUCGGAGACGUCAUUGAGCCGUGGAUGUACCCUGAGAUUACGCACUUGGUUCGCAAGGCAAUCAAGCGUAGAUACGCCAUAAUCCCUUACAUCUACUCCCUGAUGCUGGAGAGCCACCAAUCUGCUCUCCCGCCACAGCGCUGGACCGGCUGGGGAUAUGAGCAAGACCCAGAAGUCUGGAAGGCGCCCAUUACCGAAGGCGAAACGCAAUACUGGCUCGGCAAUGCCCUCCUGGUAGGUGGCGUCUAUGAACCCGGCGUCACUCAAGCACGAGUCUACCUCCCCAGGUCUUCUGACGACGACGAGGGAUAUCUCAACCUCAAAGCUCCCUACCAGUACUUGGAAGCCGGACAAUGGGCGACCAUUGACGCCGAGUGGCAUGGAGCAGGUAUUCCCGUGCUGGCAAAGGUGGGGACGGCCAUCCCAGUUGGAAGAGACGUGCAAGUCUUGUCCCCUGGGGAAAAGGAGAACGUCGCAAAUCUUCCCCUGGAUGACUACAGAGCGGUCGAAAUCUUUCCUCCUCGACAAGGUUCUCACUCUGCAAAGGGCUAUGAGACUAUAUGGUACGAAGAUGACGGCGUCUCGGCUGUCGCGAAGAAUAGAAUAUCCAAGUACAGCAUCGUCUACGCGGUCGAAGGAACGGAGAUCAGGGUUCAAUUUUCCAGAGACGAGACGUCGGGGUAUGUGGCGCCUUGGGGAAAGUUGGUCAUUGUGCUUCCUCCCGGUGAUGCGCGUAAGGUUGUUUCGGCACAAGAUGGCGUAGAGGUUGGUGUACUGGGUGCGGAUGAGGAGGGACGGAAGAGGUUCGAGCUUAACUGCUAG